CAGUUACAACGGUCUUAGGUUACUUCUACCGCUUUUACGCUCCACUUACUGCUGGCAAAGGCAGCCGUCGACGUCAGGCACCUCCAGGGUCACAGAGCUUCAGGUGCAUUGAACAGGACUGUCACUGCCUUUGGUAACAGGGUUGCGGCCGCUUCCCGCUCAAUUCCACUUUCGCAAGUUCGUGUCCGCUAAAAGAUUUGACAGUGAGUCACAAAAUUAAUUCACUCAUGUUUCGACAAUAUCACUUUGUUCCUUGUUGCUCCCCUCCAGGCAUUUCAAGUACCUUGUAUCAAUACUGAAUGUCUGUGCUAGAAGGCUCUAGGCAUCCCUCGCCACCCGAGAGCCCGGGUCCUCCAGGCCAGAACCAAACCUUCAACCGUCGCAACACCAAAACACAGUACUCCGAUCUCGCUCGCGCUGCCAUUAUGACAAGCGCCUCAUCUACUCCCAAGGCCGAAGCUGAAUCCUCUCACAACCAUGCCGCUUAUCACUCAUCUCUCAUGCCUCCUCCCAAGUCCGCCUUUGGGCGAAUCCCUUCCAACCUGGCACCCACCAAGCCUCCACCACAUGCUACGAAUUCGAUGGGAAGAGCCUUGACAGAUACACCUUUGCCGAGUGCACCUGGAAGCCCUCAGAUAUCGGCUCGCGGUAGCACCGCAGUCUCCGGAUCAGCCACACCCAAACUACGAGCCACUACCCUCGAUAUCCCUGGACUGACUCGAUCGAGAGUGUCGCCGAACGGUCAGAUCUCGGAGAGAGAUGUGGGAGCCAAACUUAUCAUCAUCAUGGUCGGUUUGCCUGCAAGAGGGAAGAGUUACAUUGUGAAAAAGAUUGCACGAUACCUGAACUGGUUACAACAUCCUACAAGAAUAUUCAAUGUUGGAGAUCGUCGAAGAGUCGCUGCUGGUGUAGGGAAGCCCAUCCCAGACAGGACCACAGAAGCGCUCCGCGAAUCGGUGCGACGAAUGAGCAUCACCAGCACCACCACGACCGAGCCGCAAGGUAUAGUCGACCACGAACUCCUCCCUCCGCCUGCAGUCAAGACCGAUAUCCUCGUUAAUGGCGAGGCCGCGAGACCAGACUCGCCAUCUCCCCUCAGUCCGUUACAAAUGAAUGGCAUAAGACCUGAGGACAAACAUGAGCCUAUCCAGCUCCCUGCCCCUGAACAUUUGGAUCAGUCCGCCGCUUUCUUCGACCCUCAAAAUGUCAGAGGCAAGCAGCUUCGUGAGCAAGUGGCUCAUGAAACAUUGGAUGAGUUGCUGAAGUAUGUCUUGGAGGACGGCGGAUCGGUCGGGAUUCUAGACGCCACGAAUCAUACUCAAGAACGACGGUUGUCCCUGGUAAGACACAUUCGGGAGCGGGACGAGAACAUCAAUCUGCUUUUCCUCGAGUCUCGGUGUCAAGACAAGAAUCUGCUUCAAGCCAACAUGCGACUCAAACUGUCCGGGCCGGACUAUAAAGGCAAGGAUCCAGUCGCCGCACUGAGGGAUUUUCAAGAACGCGUUGGUCAAUAUGAGAAGUCGUACCAGAAGCUGGAUGACUUCGAAGAAGAACACAACAUGCCAUAUUGUUCAAUGAUCGACGUUGGCAGGAAGAUGAUCAGUUAUCAGGUCAAGGGAUUUUUGUCCAUCCAGACUGUGACGUAUUUGAUGAACUUCAAUCUGGCACCCAGGAUGAUCUGGAUUACUCGGCAUGGUGAAUCCAUGGACAAUGUCGCCGGCAAGAUUGGCGGGGACAGCUCUCUGAGUGCGAAUGGACUGAGAUAUGCGAAGGCUUUGGAGAAGUUCAUUGGUGAGCAGUGGAGGUCGUGGGAAGAUCACCAAGCGCAGAAGCAAGCCAACACUCACUUCCCUCCUCUUCCUGGAGAUACGACGCCUCCCAACCCGGAAUACACUGCUCAGACGCUACAAGAAAAAAAUUUCUGCGUCUGGACGAGCAUGCUGAAGAGAAGUAUCGAAACCAGUCAGUUCUUCAACGAGGAUCAGUACGAUAUCAAGCAGAUGCGGAUGCUCGACGAAUUGAACGCCGGAUAUAUGGAGGGAAUGACUUAUUCAGAGAUUCGAGACAAAUUCCAGCACGAAUACGAGCUGCGGAAGCGAGACAAGCUGUCUUACCGAUAUCCAGGACCUGGUGGAGAAGGAUACCUCGACAUCAUCAACCGACUGGGCAAAGUGAUUCUCGAGAUCGAAAGGAUGACGGACCAUGCCUUGAUUAUUGGACACCGAAGUAUUGCUCGAGUUCUUCUGGCAUAUUUCAUGGGUCUCAAGCAGGAGGAUAUUAGCGACCUUGAUGUUCCCCUAGGUGUGGUGUAUAUGUUGGAACCGAGACCUUACGGCGUUGAAUUCAAAGCGUUCCGUUGGGACCCAGCCACGGAUGAGUUUCGAUACGAACCUGAUUAUCGAAUGAGGCGAGCUAUGGACCCCCAAGCCUGAUUUUCCUUUUUGUUUCGCAUGAUACCCAUGGUGUUACUGUAUAUAUACUUCAUAUGGUUAUAUAAAUUGUCAUUGGCUGAUUUCCCUGUCAUUGUCCUUUACAUACAUGGGCGUUGCUACGACUGGACUAAUACUCUUUGCAUUUCCGGCAGGCAAGACAGUUAUUGUCAUCAACGUUCGGAGGCGUUCGCGUUAAUCAACCCGUGGGUGGACUGCUAAACCUGUUGAGAGCGAUCUCUGGGAUUCCUGGGGAUGUCUUUGCUUGUUAGCGCUGGCGUUGCGGGAGGAAAUUAUUGAAGCAAAUACAUUGAUCGACUGGGAGUGUUUGGAAUGAUUAACGGGCGGAAUGGAAGGCUUUGCUCUAAGAUUCAAGGCUGGCGAAGGCAGCGAGUAAAUAGUACUGAAUCAUUGUGAGCCUUGAAAAAGCUCAGUGGGGAGUCACAAAUGAUACUUCACUGAUUACUGCUUCC